UAUUUCACAUUUCUCCUUUCAUCUGAUGGCACUUGUAUUCCUGCCUCCAUUUUACACUCAAUUCACCCACACACCCGCACACACACACACACACCCGCACACACACACACACACACACACACACACUACUGGCACGUUAAAGGGGACCUAUGAUGCUUUUCCCCCUCUUCUGACCUACAAAUGUGGUUGGAAUGUUGUAUUCUGGUGUUAAACCAUGCCAAAGGUUCAGGUAAUGAGGUUUGCGUAUUUGGAAGUGAGCCCUGAAAGAAGUUUGGGAUGGCUCAAAACGUUUGCUUUCAAAAGGAAUGGUAAAACUGGAGGUGUGUGAUGUCACAAAUAGGCGGGGUUUCGUAUAUGGGCGUGGCUGUAGGCCAGAUACACUGUCUGCACCCACCCAAGGUCUGCUUCUGUGUUCAUGGUCUUAUUAUGGUUCAUGGUUAUGGUCUUCCAUGUGUCCAUGUCUCCCAGGAAGUGUUUCAUUUGUUUACAAUUCCUAACGAGGCAAACUUCAGGCACAAGUAGUUGGUAACGUUGGGAAGGCGGAGGGCUUCAGCAAGUUUGUGGGCUAGUCCAGCUGCAUAGUGGCCCGUGUUCACUAAACAGUCCAGUCCAGUUGCUGGUAGGGAAUCAGGAACUCCAACCACCGUGCCUGGUGGGGGCGUAUUUAGGAACUGGAAACAAAUGUGGCUUUCCCUUACGAGCCUUUGCUAGCAACAUAAACAGGGGAGAAUGGUUUCACACUGGAAUACUACAUUGGUACUACUGUUAUAGGUCAGAAUGGUUUCACAGCAGAAUACUACAUUGGUACUACUGUUAUAGGUCAGAAUGGUUUCACACCGGAAUACUACAUUGGUACUACAGUUAUAGGUCAGAAUGGUUUCACAGCAGAAUACUACAUUGGUACUACAGUUCUAGGUCAGAAUGGUUUAACAGCAGAAUACUACAUUGGUACUACAGUUCUAGGUCAGAAUGGUUUAACAGCAGAAUAUUACAUUGGUACUACAGUUCUAGGUCAGAAUGGUUUAACAGCAGAAUACUACAUUGGUACUACAGUUAUAGGUCAGAAUGGUUUAACAGCAGAAUACUACAUUGGUACUACAGUUCUAGGUCAGAAUGGUUUAACAGCAGAAUACUACAUUGGUAGUACAGUUUUAGGUCAGAAUGGUUUAACAGCAGAAUACUACAUUGGUACUACGGUUCUAGGUCAGAAUGGUUUCACACUGGAAUACUACAUUGGUACUACAGUUCUAGGUCAGAAUGGUUUACCAGCAGAAUACUACAUUGGUACUACAGUUCUAGGUCAGAAUGGUUUACCAGCAGAAUACUACAUUGGUACUACAGUUCUAGGUCAGAAUGGUUUAACAGCAGAAUACUACAUUGGUACUACAGUUCUAGGUCAGAAUGGUUUACCAGCAGAAUACUACAUUGGUACUACAGUUCUAGAUGACCCCACCCCCGCCUGUGCCCAAGCCACGAGCUCGUUAUUCACGUGACGGCUUAGGCUGCGCCUCUUCUUCGGACAGAGAUUUGAUUGGACAAUACGCUGACAAUGGAGUUCCACUGAGGACAGAUGAAGAUGGCUGUCCUCUCGCUGGACCACUGUGCCUCCAGACAUCGGAAGGUGUUGCUGGUGCGCUAACUUUGGACGCUGCGGUCGCUCCCGCCAGUGACCGCAACAGACCACCAAACGUGGCCGCUCCAUCAUCCCCUCCCUCCAUAGAGAGCAUGACCGGCAGCAUUGCUAGUCACAUACCAAGUUUAGCAGGAGCUGCUAGCAUGAUCGCUAAUCCUGCUAUUGCAUCGUCAACCAACAUUAGCUCAAUGAUGAGCAUACACAGCUUAGCCGCUAUGCUUAGCAACGUGGCUAACCCAGACACACACUCCGCUCCACACCUGCCUGCUUUGAAAAGUAUCACAGAUGUGCUUGUUGUGGAGCCAUCACCACCAGCAGAUGGAAAUGCUGGACAAGAAGAAGAGGAGGAGGGUCUCUACAUUACUGUGUUGGAAAGUUGGGAUGAUGACGGUGACUCGGAUUCAUCUGAUGAGGAGGAAUGUUUGGAAUCUUCCUCUGAUGCUAACCAACAAAUGAGAGAUGGCCCGACACACGGCCUGCUCAACGGUAGCAAUGUCACUUCUCGUCCAUCAGCGAGCGUCAUACAAACUCGCCCAGCACCACCACCUCCUUUGCAUGCCGGCCAAUCGGCCAAGACCAAGAAGUAUUCCAAACCAAAGACUCCGAGUGUUGCAACAAUUCGAGUGUCAAGGAAGAAAGGCUACGGCACACAUGCCCUCCCACAAAGUGCUGUGGCCCGAGCAAGCUGGCUGGACACUUGGAAGGGCUUCAAGCAUUAUGUCUUUUGGGUGACUUUUGAUGGGCAGUUGAUGUCACUGUGGAAAAAACGAACAGACCACUUCAGCGAGGUUCUCUUUCACGUGUCGAGUAUGACCAAUGUGAAGAAACUAGACAAGAGAAGGUUUUCGGUUUACUUCAAGAAGAAACAUUACGACUUCAUGGCUCACAGCGAUGAUGUUCAAGAUGGUUGGAUCCAGUCUCUGUUGGCAUCUCGGGGACAAGCAAGUCCUGCUGCGCCAGACCUGCACGGGCCGAUCACCAUCAAGGAUCCUAAGAGUCGUUUCUACGCCGCAGUCUGGGGCCACGACCUCUGGAUUUACCCCAACAAAGAUGGCUUCCAGCUGGGUGUGGCUUCCUACAGCGUUCCUCUGAACCUGGCCACGGUCAGGCCCACCGGGAAACACUCAUUCACCCUGACCACGCCCUUCAGGACAAUCAACCUGUCUGUUGAUUCGUCAAAGGACCUGUCUAUCUGGUUCGAGGGCCUGUCCUCGUCAAUCUGCAGCGCUCUGUCCUGCAGCCAGGUGGCCACGCGUUUAUGGAAAAAUCCCUCCAAUCAACAGUGCGCCGACUGCGGCGCUGCCAACCCCGAAUGGGCGUCGGUCAAUUUGCUGCUCGUCAUCUGUCACAGCUGUGCAGGCCACCAUCGAGCUCUUGGCAGCACCCUUUCCAAGGUCCGUAGUCUGAAGAUGGACAACAAGGUCUGGACAGAACCACUCAUACAGCUCUUUGUUACCUACGGUAACAGGCUGGCCAAUCAGGUGUGGGCCCCGCUGGUGCCCCCCGCAGAGCAGAUAAGUCCAGAGUCUUCGGAUGAGCGCAGGUCAAAGUUCAUCCAGGAUAAGUACAGCAGGGGGUGCUACCGACGAGUCCAUGCGCUGGCGUCCUCUUCUGGUCUGAUGCAGCAGAGGCUGCGGGAGGUCAUUUGUGGCAGCGAUGUCCAAGAAACCGUGUCACUGAUCUGCUCAGGGGCAAAGGUGUGUCAAUCAGAUCCUCACAGCUCGUCCCCCAUCCAGCUGGCUGAGAGGGCGGGGCAAGCUCUGCAGGCAGAGAUACUUAAGCUCAACCAGUACACAGAGGUUCCGCCUUACCUUCCCAAAAUAGGAUACAGGCGAGCUGACUCCGCCACCUCAGGAGAUGAAGAGGAGGAGCUCCACGGCAAACUGGAAGAAGAUCGUUUCCUCUUUUCUUUAGAAACUGACUCUGCGGCAUGUGAUGUCCUCGACUUGCGAGAAGUUUUGUCAAUUUUCCGUAAAGAUGGGCCAACCUUUCAGUUUGAGUUGGUCACGGUAGACAACCAGAUUGUUUGUGUGGCUGAAAGCGAGGAUGAGCUCCUGACGCACCUGGUCCACAUCCUGAAGGUGAUUCUGCCAGGGGGCGUGUCCUAUGCAGAGGUGUGCGGGGCUUUGGCGGUUAGUCAAGUGUGUGUUGUGGAGGUGGGCGCAGCCUCUAAUGAUCCCGAUGCCUGGUUGUUGCUUUGGGAUGGCGGAGUGAGCGUUCACCGUGCUCACACACGCUCCAAGCAGACUCUACAGAUGGAACUGAGCGCGCUCAGUCACCACGAGAUUGAGCCAUCUGGAGACGUGAUCACCAUGGUAACCGGAGACAGCAGGCAUGUUUCCCUGCACUUUGAAGAACACUACAGCUGCCGUAGCUGGUACCGCCUCCUGCAGGAUGCACUGGCCAAUCAGAACUCUUCAGAACAUCAACAUCUCUACCCCCUGGCGGACCUUAAAGUGACGGGCUCAGUGCCACUGGCCGUGGAACGUUGCAUCAGCCACAUCCAAGAUUACGGUCACAACAAUCUUCACGUUUGGGUCUUCUUCACAUCCACACGUCUCAUCUUUUCCUUUCAAGAGAUGAAGACGUUUGUUGUGGGUGCUUUUUCAGGUCUGAAGGUGGAAGGCGUGUACCGGCGCUGUGGCUUGGCCUCCAAAGUGUCACAACUGGUGGAGGCCUUGCUGAAUUUUCCAAGCUCCGCUUCUCUUGAUCCAGGCGAACAAGGCGUUUUGGACGUCGCUGCUGCCCUCAAACAAUACAUCCGCCAGCAGGAAGCACUCUUCCCUGAGAGGGAAAGGGAGGACUGGAUACAUGCUGCAGUGAUCUCAGAUGAGCGGGAAAGGUUUUCGGCCUACCGCCGGUUGAUACGGCAACUGCCUGUUGACAGGCGUGUGACGGUGGACGCCUUGUUUGGACACUUUUACAUGGUUCAGACAUUCUCUCAAGUCAACAAGAUGUCGGCCCACAACCUGGCCCUGGUCCUGGUUCCCACGCUCUUUCACAGUUUGAAUGCUGACUUGCUCAAACUGACUCGCGAGUUCAUCAUCCACCACGGCCUGAUCUUCCUGACACACGGCCAGCAUCAUGCAGAUGAGGAGGAGGAGCAGAUCACAGUCCUCUGAAGAAGACAACCUGAAUGCUAAAGAUCAAUUAUCUUGGUAGUUAACUGACUCCAUAACGAGGACCAUGCUCGUGGUCUAACAGCAGUUAGACCAUGACGGAGCGCUCUCUGGUCCCUGAAGGAUCCCCUAUGAAGCUUCAAUUUCAUGUUGUCGUUGGAGACGUGAGCCCCCUUUCCACCCAAGUGUCAUUUAUUCAAAUGACAUCAAAUCUGACACUGACAGUCAAUAGAAACUUUGAGACUAUGUUGUUGUGAGUUUGAAGCCUUAAAGUGGCUUUUCCUCAUAUGAAUUUGUUUAGGCACACAGAAACAAAAAUAUAAUGUUUCAAGAACAAUUUCAAAACCAAAACCUAAUUUACUUCCAAUCUGGGUGUUGUUCCGGCCGGGUGUUUCCCAUGCCGUGACUGGAUGUAGCGAUCCGGGCCAGGAGUCGCUGCUCUCUCUCACCCCGGACACGGUCUAUCGUCAACAGAGCCUUAGUGUUGUGUUCAUGCGCCUUUCUGAUGGCGGGAUGGGAAUGGCCAUAUGCCCGACUAUAUGGCUGGAGCUCAAAUCAGUCUCCACCGUACCCGGGGCCCGGGACGUUGUUGACGUCACAGACGUGGCAUGAUGCCAUUCACCGGACUAACAAUGCUGGCCUUUUUGGGCCCUUAUAUAGACCUCCAAAACCAACCCUCAAAUGACGCACACACCCACUGAGUAUUGCUCCAUGUGCAUUUGCUCCACUUUUGCACUAAAAUAUGACCAAAACAUGUGCAAACAUCACAGCUCAUCAUUAUCUCAACUGCCAGACACUACGUCAACAAUAAAUCUCCAAGGUAGAAUGCCAACCACCUACCAGCACAUAUAUAUAUAUAUAUAUAUAUAUAUACAUAUGCAUGCAUUCCUACCUCCUACCUUCUGUUGACUGUCAGAAUGCAUUGAUGCCAUGUCAAUAAACAGACGAUAUUUGGUCAAAUGGAAGUACAAAGUCAAAUACAAAAUGAAACAUUUGAGAGUGUUUAACCCAAGAAGAAAUCAGUUGAACACACCUUUCUGUACUUUCAGUCUUUAGUGAAGUCAUUUAGUGAAGUCUGAUGGCGCUGGGGCUUCAGUCCAUCCACUGGAAGAGCCGGAGGAAGAAGAUUCAAACUAGGAAGUAUCUGAUCCAUAUCCUAUGGUUCCACCCUUGCAGGGGCAGUACUGCUCUCCUACGUAUAUCAGUGGUGUGACAAUGGGCUCUAUUUUCGUAGACCAGGCGCGGCGCACCUGCCCUGUUCCACGCCUACGCCGUGCCAACUUGGUGUGGCUUGAUGCAACUUGGUGCUGUCCAGCACCGCACAGGCGGAUAAAAUCACGGAUGAAAUGUUGAUUUGGGGGGACAAGCCAUUUAUUGAGGGGUGUGUUGGAGUUGGAGUUGGACAGAACGACAACAAUGCAUCAGAAUGAGCCACUUCAAGAAACCACACAGUUGAUGUUGGCAAAAUACAAAGAGUCCUGAACUCCUCUUCUCAUGUACUUCUUAUACUAUUUUAUUGGCAUUUAUUAUGAUUGAAUAUGAUUACUAUUUCUAACGGUAACUUGUAAAUGUUACAUUACCUUGUUACUUUCUAUGUCGGGGGGGGGGCAGAAUACAGGAAGUGACUACUACUUCUACUGCAAUAGGAUGGAAGGUAGGAUUAAAUAAGCUUUGCUUCUUCCUCCUCCCAGUGAUAUGUGAAAGGGUGAUUUGUACUUUGUGAUGUAGUCCAUUGUAAAUUGUGUGCAUGUUCAAAUAAAAACCAUUACCAUCA